AUGUUCUUCAGAAGAGUUUUUGACAAAAAUAAUGGAAAUUCGUCGACGAGUGGUGAAGGAAGUUCUUCGAAUUCAUCUAACAACGCUAGUUCAUCGCCAGCCCGUUAUCGAAGAGUUCUAAAUGUAGAAGAUAAUCAUCGAGUGUUGUCGGUACUACAGCUGACACCACUGUGGGAGUAUAUUAUCCGGAACAAUGAGCUUCCGGUUGGGUUGAACAUGAACGAGCUCUUCCGGGAGUUCCUGGAGCGGUUGCAUGAUCCUGAGUAUCAAGUUCGACAGCAUUCCCUACGAGUUCUGAUAGAUGUACUGAUUGUUCUUCGUGAUGAAUCCGAUGUAUACUUCGGUCCCUUGUUGCCACCAAUCAUCGACAAUCUGGGUCAUCCCUCGCCCGCUGUCCGCAAGGGAGCCUUGGAUGUUCUCAAAGUGUACAUAGCUCAGACCAAGAUGCCUGAAACUGUGAUGCUCGAAAUUAUGAACUACGGUAUGGAUCGGAACCCGAAGGAUCCUCUCAGUACCCGGUACAUCGUAGGGGUGAUGCUGGCGUUACCUUCAUUGAUUCAACCAGCGAUCUUGACUGCGAAGCGAACCUUUAUCCUGCGAGCUGUCAUCAAUGCUUUGGGAGGAAAGAUGGUUCAGAUUACCUACCAGGAAAUAGCAUUGAAGAUUCUUCUGAAGAUCAAAAACACCAUUGGUUCCAGGGAAUUUUACGAAAGUAUUUCCGUUUCUUACCGGAGGGAUUUCGACCUACUGUGCAACGUGUACGGACUUCCGAAUCCUCCGAAAAGUCCACGGCGGGAAAAUGUUAUCAAUCUAACACCGCCAGGAUCGGAACUACCCGUCAGGAAAUCUUGGAAACCUCACAUGCCUCAAGUUCCUACUACAGAAAUUCAUCAACCGAUGCAACCCCUCUCUCCAAAAGCACAACGAUGGAAGACGGGAAGUUAUAAUGAUAUUACACGAGCGGAAGCCUAUGAAAACGAGUACAAGUCUCGAUUUAAUAACAAUCCAUAUGCGAUCAGUAGACUUCCUAAUCAUGGUAGUUCAGUAGUACGACGAGUUAGCAUGGAUAACAUCGAUAAAAUCGACAGUUCCAAAGUGAUAAUGGAAACGGAUAUCAAAAUAAACAAAGAAUCCGUUACUAUGCGUAUAGUGGAAGCGGAAAACUCUCAAUCAGUUAGUGAAGAAAGUGAUGAAGAAAGUUCUAAGCGGUACGGUAUAAUGCGAGUGUUGACGGAUAGCGAAAUGGACGAGAGUGCAGGCCAUAAGGCCGAAGAUUUGUCUGGUGUGAUGAACGAACAAUCCUCGGAUGAGUAUGUGAGAAGAACUCCGAGGCGAGUGCGAUUCGGUGGUGAAGUUGUGAAAAUGAGGACACCUGACAGUGAUACUUUUGAACAUAGUGAUCAAGAUGGACUAACGGCUUCCCAGUCUUCUAGUUCUAGUGCACAUGCUAAUGUAAAUAUUCACAGCUCUUCAGUUACGCCUAGCUCUUCCGAUAGAUUUUCACCUACCAUGCAACGAUCUUCGCUUAAAUCUUCUGCUUCCUCAACGGAUCAUACUAGCACUUCGCUGAGAAAACAAUAUUCACACUCGGCGGACACCGAACGAUCCUCACCGCCAAUUAGUAGCGAAUACAUCAGCAAUAUACGCAACAACAGACCGAUGUCUGCUAAACCUAGUAGCUAUGGUAGCUCCGAAGAUACUCCACAGCGUAGACAAACGGCAUUUGCCAGACGGAGAAGCGUCACCUUCGAUGAAGAUGACCUGCAAACAUCUACGCUUACAGUAACUACCUUCGAACAGUCAGAAUCUCCAUCUCCUGAACCACCAGAACCUCCGGAGCCACCCCGAGAGCGACCCAAAUCAUCCCGACCAAAAUCCGGACGCCCAGCAACAACACCAAACGAGGAUGAUCCUCAAUCUGAAGAGCGAGCCAAAUCAUCCCGACCAAAAUCUGGACGCCCACCGCCAGCUCCAGCCACAGAAGAUAAACCCGAAACACCCACGAACGACAUUGAGCCUCACCCAAAAUCGAAACCUCAACCUGACACUCCAGACAAUCACAGUCAACCCGAACCUCCGGAAAAUAAUCAAAUCCUUGCGGAGAAAAUCGAGGAAGUUAAACAGGCAAUACAAGGUAUCGAAGAAAAGAUCAACAAUGCUGUCUUCAAAGCUGUGGAAGCGAUGGCCGAAUUACCAACAAGUCCGUCAAAGCUGCAAAAGUCUGAAUCUGCCGAUUCGGCUACCAUAACUACGCCAAAGCUACAGAAACCUAACCUGUCCCUCGAAGUUCUACUCAAAACCAGUACCGAUACUACGGAAAAUUUGGAGAAAGACGCCACAGGGGAAGACAAAGAAAAGAAAGAUUAUACUAAAGAGCUCAACAUUGACAUUCCAGUGGAGCAAAAGCCAAACAAUGAGGCUCCAUUGACGGCCGAAAAGCCUAACGCAACAUCUAAAAUACCCAAGAUGAUCAAAACAGGUAUUCCUAAGCUGAAUACAAUGCCAUCACCCAGACGAACAAAACUUUCUCCAAAGCCAGAAGACGCAGACAAGAACCACCCGACAAGUGCUACCUUAUCACCUAACAAACAUUUGACGGUCAACGAUCGAGGGAGAUCGAGACGCCGCAGUCGAUCGGCGACGGGUAUGGUUAUAACGAGAAGUACGUACAGAAGCCCCGCAGCCCUCAGUCCAGCUCCACACAGUGGCGUCGAAAUGAUACAUAACCUCUUGAGAAGCCCUUCCACUUCACCUAAUCGAACCCGACGGAAGAGCUCAGUGGGUGAUCUUCGGAAAGAUUCUCUAACGAUGAGUGAUAGGAACAACAACAGCCUGGAGAUGAAUAACCUGAACGGAACCAGUGAUAAAUGUUUCAACGUCAAUGAGGACGAUAUCUACGAUGUAUUUGGGAAAACAAUCGCUACACAAACAUCGAUUGAUGAGUUACAUUUGGCUGCACCGCGGGUCAUGUCAAGAUCCGGAACGGACAACGAGAUUCCCAGUAUCGUCAACGUAAAUCCCACUGACGAGAGUACGGAUGCUGAAAACAAUCAACUUUCUUCUGCAGUCUCGACAAGGAAAUUUUUAAAUCGAACCAAUUCUCCUAAAGCUAUGGAAGUCGGGCUCAUCAACUCCUGGGAGGACCUAGGCAUCGUGGAUCGAGUUGCACUGCAUCAGCUCAAAAGUGGAGAUUGGCGAAUACGGUCCCAAGGAUUUUGUGCCAUCGAGGAAUCGCUCAAAUCUUCCGACAAUCUGGCCAAGGUUCAGCCGUACCUGGAGUCGCUACUGCGAACACUGCUCUCGUCCGAACGCAACCCGGACAUCAUCGAGGAUAAAGUGCGGAUGCUAGUAAAUCUGAUAUCACGCCUACCGUUGGAGAACCUCGAAGAUCGGGUCGGACAAAUCAUGACCGGCUUGUGCCGGCAGGGCGGCCCGGGAAGCAACAACGUCGCCAAAGCCCUGAUGCAACGGUUGCCAACGGCUGCCAUCGUGCAGCGGCUGCUAUCCGAUGAAUUCUUACAUGCCAAAAGCUCAAAGUUCCGUGAGAAUUCAUUGCAAAUGGUCCUAUUUGCUCUAAUGACAUUCCCCAGCACGUACUUUGACAUCAAGACGCUGAUUUCGAGAGCCACCGAGGCAGCGGUGGACCGAAAGAAGCGAGUGCGACAUGGAGCGCUCGAUGUGCUAGCAGUAUUAGGACAAAUCAGCUCGCCUAAACUAGUCUUAGACGUGGUGUGUUCUUCCGUCGCUCAGCGUCCCGAUGGAAAUCAUCUGAUAGCAGCGGUUAAGGCACGGCUGGCCCGCAAGCAGCUACCAUUCAUUGGUCCAGAUGGCAGUGUGGAGUACGCGUUGAAGGUUCCUUCGUGUCGAUCCACUUCUGUCAUCAUGUUCGGUGCCGAUGUGGAUUGGAUAGAAGCCGGCAGUGGUUCAGCGUCUCCGACUUCGACACGUUCGAAAAACUACCCGAGCUUCCAGGUCGACAGCAGCGGUUCGUUCGAGGAGUAUAAAAAGAAACCGAGCUUCCAGGUAUUUGAAGACGUAAAGCAGCCGAUUGACAGUAGCAAAGUAAACAGCUCUGGUUGGACUUCCAAAAUUCCAGUAAGUCACACGGACAAUAACAUAGUGGUAAAUAAUGGAUCAAGAGCUUUCUAUGGAAAUUUACAAUCGCGGUCAUAUCCGGAGCAAUCCGAGCUACAACAACCGCAGCAGCAGAGAAAACUUCCUCCCGCCAAUAAUGGUGGUAACGUGAAAUCGCAACCUAAUGGACGACUCGCCAAACAGCCAACAGUUUCAAGGUUUCCCGAAAUGGAGCCCAAACAGGGUGGGAGAAAUGGACUGAAUGCAAAGAACAGCAAUCCUUACGAGAUGAAACCUACGAGGCCGACACGGAGUAGGCUGUGUUCGAGAAUGAGUGACGGCUUCAUGAGCGAUACCAUAGCCAGUGCCAACCGAGUACUGCAAGGUGAAUCAUCACGGCCGUCGACUGAUCCUGCAAUCGAUAAUGGGGCGAUACGACAAUCGCGUAAUGGGAUGCGGUUCUACAACCCCAACAUUAUGAUGAGCAGCACCAGCAGCAGCAGUAGACAACAAGUUGGCUCGCAUGCGCAAAAGUUGGACCUAGAUCAGCGUCCUAAUUUAUCACCGAGCAAAUCCUAUGGCAACGGCGGUGGCAAUAACAAUGGCUACAACAGUAACAGACGAUUCUUUGGCGCGGAAACAGUUGAAACACCUCUUCGGUCACGCUAUCACGUUGAACGGGAGGAUGGAUCUGCAGCUGCAGGAGGUGGCAUCAAUCAGGAAAGCUAUAUCAUUCAUCGCGAUGAGCAGUACGAUAGCGAGAAUGAUGAAAAGUCGAGCAAUGAUUCGUCUUCUACACGAAUCAUCUCCAACAGUACGUUCAAUUUUGGAAGUAAGGGAAGUGAUCCGUAUCCACCCACUCCGAACGUUAGCCAUCCACCUUCAAUACUAUCUUCGCGGCCACAAUCGGUUACCUCCCACAAAUCGAUCGGAUCAGGGAUCUUGAAAAAUGACGGAAGGCUAUCCAGGACUAGUAAUAUCUCAUACAGCAAUCUGUCAAUUAAGCAGACGACUGACAAUGCGUCUGUCAAAUCGAAUCGUUCUGCUAAGAGCAGGGAAAAUACCGUUUGGUAUGAAAGAGAUGGAACUCCGAUCCGAAGCGAAGACGUUAUAAGUUCAAAUCAAGUCACCUAUGAAUCUGACUACGAUGAAGAGGUUGAAGAGGAAAUCGUACAGCCACAGCGUUCGGCAACUCCGAAGCGAUAUCCCACUCCAAGUCCGCAUCCCCUUCAGUCAUCCUAUUCAACCGAGGAACUAUCCAUCAAUAGUUAUCAGGUAGAGGAAACCGUAAUUGCACAACCGAAAAGUCGUGUUCAAUCUGCCAGUCUCGGUAACCUUCAACAGUUACAGGACGACGAAGAAGAACCUCCACAACCUGCUCCCGCCAAGAAAAUCCUUAAAAAGCCUUUCCUUGUUCGUAAGAGCAGUAAAGUCGCACCGGUCAAGGAAGUGGUCAGUGGAAUCAAGUCCAAAAAUAAGAUGAAUGAAGUCAUUUUUCAGAAAAAUUUGCGGAAGUUCGACAAACCGAAAGAAGCUCUCUCACACUGCCUAGUACACUUAGAGAGUCCCAACUGGGAACAAAACAUCAGUGGCCUACAGUUCUUUGUUCGCCUGAUCCGGCAUCAUCCAGAGGUUAUCGACAGUCAAAUUCAUCUUCUGUCGGUGGCUCUUGCCAAGCAAGUACGUAAUCUUCGAUCUCAGGUCGCACGGGCAGCUUGCCAAGCUUCGGCUGAGUUCUUCUCCACCCAUCGACGCUGUUUAGAGGGUGAAGCGGAAGACAUCGCUACCCAUCUGCUUCAUCGCACAGCCGAUACGAACAAGUUCCUUCGAGCCGAUGCCACUCACGCGUUGGAAUCAAUGUGUGAGAACCUCUCAAUCGUAAAAGUCAUUCACAUCAUCUCAUCUAAGGGAGCAGCUCAUCAAAAUGCCGUAGUACGAACGACUGCUGCCAAGCUACUCGAUAAGAUUGUCCAUCAAAUUGGUGCGGAAAAGGCAUUUGCACUACCCAAAGAAUCUCGCGAAAAACUGGUCCACACCGGAGGGCAAUUGCUGCUCGAAGGGUCACUCGAUACGCGUAACUACACGAAGAGUAUGUUCAAGCAGCUAUCCGAACAUCCCAGCUACAACAAAGUAUUACUGGAAGUUAUUCCACCACGCACCUAUCGAAACAUUGAGAAAUCGCUGAAUAGUAUCACACAGAUGUAAAUGCCGCUGCGUAUGCGGUGUGGAAUCGCUAACUACCAGUGGAAGCAGCCUUGAUGAAUAAUGCAUUUGUGUUAUUGGUUUAUCUUACAUCCCGUACGUCGUAGCGAAAUUAGUUGAAAUCUUUGUAAUGCAACUGUAAAAU